AACCGUUACCUUAAAUGAAGACCAAAAAUAUGUUUUUUUAGUUUUCAUAACUUUUUUGCCAAUUUGGACUUUGUGGCUGUAGUAACUAGUGGAACACGUUCAAUGGCGCGAGCAUCACCGUGAUGUAUCAUGGGUAAAUUGUGACUGACUGAUCUACAAAUAAUAUUGAGUAGUUAUUCAUGAUGCAAGGUGAUUUAUAGAUCAGUCAGUCUUGAAUCGCCUUUAUUCCGAUCCGUUUCAUACAUUUUUACGAUAUAGCUAAUUUUUGCAUUGCAUUGGCUUUACGUCUGGUUGCUAGAGUUUCUUGUUGACAGGUUAUUAUUUAGAAAAAUUACUAACACAAUUAGCUGUUUUCUGUUUUGAUUUGGUCAUUGGAGGGGCUGCAACUGUUCCAAAACGGAAUGGAAUGUCAUCAUCGAACUUGCCGCAGGAUGUUACAGAAAAGCGCAAUUAAACAGGCUACAUUGUAGCCACACCGAGGUGUUUUAAAACAUUGUGUGCCAUUCUUUCUUCUGCUUCAAAUGUCAAAGAACGAUUUGGAAGAUGACAUAUGGGAAUAUAAGCCUCUCAGGAAGAAGAAGAAAAGAAAGGACACAGAGACACCUAAAACGUUUAAUGGACCCCUGGCUAAGUACCGACAAGCCUCCAAAAGAUUAACCAUAGGAGAAACGUCUGUCCAAGUGAAUAACACUGUCAGAGAUGUGAAGCUCACCGAAGUAGUUCCAAAUAUUUCCCUCAGUGUGAAGGCAAAUGAGGUGGCGUGUAGGACACUUUCAACUCAAAAUGUCACCUCUCCACGGUCAACACAAGAUAAUGAUAGUACACUUGCUGCAGGAGAGAACGUGGACCAGGCAUCUUCCCCUGGAGAAAGUUUCUGUCCGAUCUGUCAGAUGCCAUUCUCUAUAUUGGUAGUGCAAUCUCAAAGAUGGCAUGUCGCAGAAUGUCUUGAUACUCCUGAGGAUGACCGCAAAGAAUGUCCCAAUGGUAUCCAGUGCUACUCCACCAUUCUGAGCCACUACCAGAAAUACAGCCACUCCCUGCUUGCCCACAGCCGAGCAACCAAUGGCGCGGUCUUCUUCGGUCUUUGCUUGGAGACGGUGACCAAUGACGGGGCCAAAUUAAGCUUGGAGAGCUCACAGGACAGCCAGAGUUCUUCUCCCAUUAACAGACACAGUGGAGCUACAUCCUCCACAAAGCCAAAUGCCCUUCUGCUGCUCCAGUCUCCUGCUCCAGAGGUAAUCCGAAAAAAAAAAGGCUGGUCACCUUCUACCAAAGGCUUGAAGUCUACCUUUCAAGAGUAUAAAACAAAAGUAUCAACCCCUCAUAAGGACAAUAGUGGGUGUGAAAGCCUUGAGGGUGGUUUUGUCAAAGCAGAGCCCUCUGCUUUUAGUGAUGAUGAGAUCUCCUAUUCCCCCAUCUCUGAGUUCCCCCCAGAUAUAGAAGUUAAUGGAACACAACCAAGAAAAGCACUAUUUCCAAGCAAUAUGUUGGAAGAUGGGGACAAUAAUGACUCAAUGUUGUUGUUCAGUGAUGGAGUCUCAAGUGACGAUGAGUUAUUUUCCAACCUUGUGGCUCAUUCUGAAACAAAUGAAGUUGUAGGUUCUCCAGUAUUCAACGACACCCAAGUGGUGUCAAUUAGCUCAUUAGUGCCUAGCAAUCAUCUACCUAGCUCCUCAAGAGAAGAGCAUACAGAGGAUAACUAUAAUGCGUUCAGUGCUAGGCCUCCACUCCAGUCUCCAGAAAGUAUAGUAUUCGAAAGCUUACGGGAGCGCCUGUUCAGCCCAAACAUCAAUAGCAGCCUCCAUUCCAAAAGCUUGGAUCAGUGCCCCACUCACACAAACACAGCGUUGAACAUGUCAUUACCUCAAGUGCCUCCAUCUUCCGAAGCUUCCCCCACCCAACAAUCUCAGGCAACCAUGGCACCUAGGAAGGGCAAGGGCAAGGGUGCAGCCUCUAGGCUCAAACAGACAGACAUUGGGGUGUUUUUUGGGCUCAAGCCCCUGAAGGACAAAGAGAAGGAGCAGGAGGCUGGGAAUGGGAAUGUUUUACCUGGGGUGAGUCUCCAGCAGGAUCCUGUACUCGGAGAGCGCAAGGGAGGCAAAGGGGACCAUGGAAGAUGUCAGAGGAAAGGCAGAGGUGCAAAUGCCACGGAGACCCCUAAAGUUGGAGUGAGAUCAGAUGGUGGGACUACACAGACUCCGAGUGAGGGAGGUAGGAAGAGGUGGAACAGGGGGAGAACUGAUGGAGAGCAAGGGGAGCCCAAGCGAUGCCCGUUUUAUAAAAAGAUUCCAGGCACUAAGAUUGCUGUGGAUGCUUUUCAGUAUGGGCUGGUAGAGGGCAUCACCAGUUACUUCCUCACACACUUCCAUUCAGACCACUAUGGAGGCCUGAAGAAGAGCUCUACAUUCCCUAUCUACUGUAACAGAAUCACAGGUAACCUGGUGAAGAGUAAGCUGAGGGUGGCUGAGCAGUACGUCCACAUCCUGCCCAUGAACACCCAGGUCACUGUGGAUGGGUUCAAGGUCACACUGCUUGAGGCCAACCACUGUCCAGGAGCUGCCAUGCUGUUGCUGUUCCUGCCCGAUGGCCAGACUGUGCUUCACACGGGAGACUUCAGAGCUGACCCUUCUAUGGAGGCCUACCACGAGCUGCUGAGCUGCCGAGUCCAGACACUCUACCUGGACACCACCUACUGCAGUCCUGAAUACACCUUCCCCACGCAGCAGGAGGUCAUAAACUUUGCGGCCAACACAGCCUUCAAAUGUGUGACCCUCAACCCUCGCACUCUGGUGGUGUGUGGCUCCUAUUCAGUGGGCAAAGAGAAAGUCUUCCUGGCUCUGGCAGAGGUACUGGGCUCCAAAGUUUGCCUGUCCCGGGACAAGUUCAACAACAUGUGCUGUCUGGAGUCAGAGCGCAUCCGCCAGCUUAUCACCACUGACUGGAAGGCUGCCCAGGUCCACGUGCUACCCAUGAUGCAUCUCAACUUCAAAAACCUGCAGGCUCAUCUGAGUAGGUUCUCGAGGCAGUACGACCAGCUGGUAGCCUUCAAGCCCACAGGCUGGACCUUUAGUCAGAGGGUGGAGGCUGUGGAGGAUAUCAAGCCUAAGGUCCAUGGCAACAUCAGCAUCUAUGGCAUCCCCUACAGUGAGCACAGCAGCUACCUGGAGCUGAGGCGUUUUGUCCAGUGGCUGCGGCCCCUCAAGAUAAUCCCCACGGUCAACGUGGGCAGCUGGGCUAGCCGGAAGGCCAUGGAGAGGUGCUUCAGCGAGUGGCUAACAGAGGCUUACAAGGCUAAUAAUGUUAAAGGAAUCUAAAACAGGACACUUCAGUGUUGGCACACAGCCAAGUGCAAACAAUAUAUGACACAAUACUUGAGUGUUAGCUUAUUGGUUUAUUCGGAUCCCCCAUUUGCUUUUGCGGUCCACACAAAAACAUAAAACACGACAAGUAACAAAACACUGAUACACUGAUAGACAAGAACAGUCACACAAAUUUAAAAUACAACGAUAUACAAACAAUACAACUAAAGAAUCAUUUUUGUCUAAAUUCUGUGUGUUUGAGUGUGUCUGUGUUUCAUUUCAGUCGUUGUGCUCGCUGGGCUAUAUUGGGAUGUAAAGGACGCAGAGGGUAACGUGAAGCAGAGAUCUGAAUAGUUGAAUAGGAAACGUUCUUUGACCAUUUUUAAUGAUUAUUAUUAAAUUCUAUAGUUUUCGUAACACCAGUGAGUUAUGUAGACAAUUAAUUCUAGAAACGAUCAUCUGUUUCUGGUACAUUGAACAGUGGAUGGGGGGUAGUUUUGACUAUUACGCUGAUGGGGAAGUACCCAUUUUUUUGUAGGUUCUGGAUUUUUUAAACAAUAGGUUUAUAUUUUUGAUAAAUCAAUGCAACAGGUUGCGAUGAUUACAUUACCGGAAAUGGGUUAUAGGUUUAUAUUAGAAGGUGUAGUCAACUUAAUGAAACAUGGUAUUAUCUGAUGUGUUUUGAGUAGGAUUAUUUCUUAUAGGAUUGGUGGAAGUACCCUCACAUCUCAAACAACUUUUUAAUAAACGCCUGGGAUCAAAUAUCA